CGCUUCUCCCGGGGCUGGCGCCGGAAGGCGCGCUCCCGGGACGGCCGCGUGGAACCUCGGGCGCUCGCCCCCUCGCCUGCCCCGAGCUCCCGGGAGCCGCCCGUCGCCCCGCUGCCGGCUCCAGUACCGGGAGCGACCAAGCGGGACCUUCUGUCUGGGCGAGCCGUCUCUCCCGAGCCCCUGCCCGCCGCUCCGGGGAGCCAGGAGCUCCAGCGGUCAUAGCAAAAAUGGACCUUUGGGAGAGCGGCCGGUAACAAGAACUGCCACCGCGCCCAGACCUCCAGUCGGCAGCUCUUCUGUUCUGCGUGUUUAGGCAGAGAGAUGACUCAAAGAAUUGGGCUCCUGUUUUGCUGCCGAACCCGGGGGCUCCGCUGUCCGCCGCUGUUUCUCUUGGGCGUGACCUGCCACGCCGUUGUCCGCUGCUCCUUGCUCCCUGGCCUGGAAGGAAGUGCCCGCCUUUGGCAUCUUUCCAGUAACGUGUCGCACCACGAGCUGGGCUUUUGUGAGACAGAAGCUAAAUUAGCCUUGUCUCUCGACUUUUGGACUCUGUCCUCCGAAAACCUUAAAGCCGUGUUGCCAGUUGAUCCUGUUAAAGAAAAUUAUGUUCGUAAAGUGAAAAACUGUAUUUUUUCAAUUGCCUUCCCUACUCCUUUCAAAUCAAGAGUACGUCUUGUAGCAGUUUCAAAGGAAGUUCUAGAAGAUAUUUUGGACCUUGACUUAUCUGUCUCCGAAACAGAUGAUUUUAUCCAGCUUGUGAGUGGUGAAAAGAUAGUAUUUGGAUCCAUUCCAUUGGCUCACAGAUAUGGUGGGCACCAGUUUGGGAUAUGGGCAGGUCAGCUUGGGGACGGAAGAGCCCAUCUUCUUGGAAUUUACAUGAACAGGCAGGGUGAAAAGUGGGAGCUCCAAUUAAAGGGCUCAGGAAAGACUCCAUACUCCCGAAAUGGUGAUGGCAGAGCUGUACUUCGUUCCUCAGUGAGAGAAUUUUUAUGCAGCGAGGCUAUGCACUCUCUUGGAAUUCCAACUAGCAGAGCUGCAAGUCUGGUUGUGAGCGAUGAUGAAGUAUGGAGAGAUCAGUUCUACAAUGGAAACAUUGUGAAAGAAAGAGGUGCAAUAGUGCUGCGUGUUGCAAAAUCAUGGUUUAGAAUUGGAUCAUUAGAAAUUUUGGCUCAUUAUGGUGAACUGGAUUUACUAAGGACAUUAUUAGACUUCAUCAUACGGGAGCACUUCCCCUCAGUGAAGGUCACAGAACCUAACAGAUAUGUGGAUUUUUUCUCUAUUGUGGUAUCAAAGACGGCACAACUCAUUGCCUUGUGGAUGUCUGUUGGUUUUGCUCAUGGUGUUUGUAAUACCGAUAACUUCAGUUUGUUAUCCAUUACAAUCGACUAUGGCCCAUUUGGUUUUAUGGAAGCCUAUAACCCAGAUUUUGUCCCAAACACAUCUGAUGAUGAAAGAAGAUAUAAAAUAGGAAAUCAGGCCAAUGUUGGGAUGUUUAAUUUAAACAAGUUGUUGCAAGCUUUAAACCCAUUACUGGAUCCUAGGCAAAAGCAGCUAGCUGCUCAGAUUCUUGAGGGGUAUCCAGUUCUUUAUUAUACAAGAUUUAGAGACUUGUUCAAAGCCAAACUGGGGUUACUUGGAGAGAGGAAGGGUGAUGAUGAUUUAAUUGCAUUUCUCUUACAUCUCAUGGAAAAGACAGAAGCUGAUUUUACAAUGACAUUUCGGCAGCUCAGCGAGAUUACCCAAAGCCAGUUAGAGGAGCUCAACAUUCCCCAGCAAUUCUGGGCACUGAAGAUGAUUUCAGAGCACAAGCUUUUUCCUGCCUGGGUGUCCCAGUACCUUUUGAGACUGAAGAGUAACAUGAAUGAUUCAGAUUCUGAAAGAAGAAAAAGAAUGACAAGUUAUUAGAGCUCAAGGCCAACUAUGUUGAAAUCCUGGGUUUGAGCUUCAUUGGAAGACACAGCCAUAUGCCCAAUGAUCAUGGAGAAUGAAUUGGCCCCGACUGGGAUUGGCUUAGCCCAAUCUUCUCUCUUUUGGAAAAGAAACAAAGAGAAUGCUAGUAUGAGACAUUGCAAGUCAGAGACAUUUCCUUUGUGUGCUGAGGACUCUCAGUAGAAAUUAAGCAAGAUCAUUUGGGAAGCAAGGUGAAAGUGCUCUCAGUUAAGCUGAUAGUAUAAAUUCUGACCUCAAAUAGGUAUUUCAGACCUGACCUUUUGUAGAUAAUAGAAUAAAAGAAAAAUUUCCUUCUUCAUUCUUCCUCCUGGACAUUAAAAUAGACAGAGAGAAGGAACAAUGGAAGAUGCUACAUUUGUAAUCAUUUUUCUCAAAGUAUUUUAAUAACUAACAAUGAGAGUAAGAUUUAUUUUUAUUGAGUUAGAUAAAUGAUAAAUAGAACUACCAUUUUCCAGUUUCAUUGCCAGCCUAUGAGAGAUUAAUUCCGUUUAAUAAUUUGAAGAGUUCAGUGUUUUAUGGCCAUCGAAUCUGCUGACUUUCUGAUAACGUUAAUUUUUUCCAUUUGUAUGGUAGCAGUGACGUGCUUUAUUUAUAUUAUGAUGUGGUCAGUAAAACAUAGUCUUAAAUCUCUUUCAGCACUAAAUUUGCUUAUUCAGAAACAUAUACUUAGCCCCUAUUACAUGCCCCUUUUUGUACAGUCACUCUGUUGAAAGGUGAAACUACAAAGAUGAAUUUGAGCCCUGUCCGUAAGUAGUCAACACUCUAGUGGAUCAGGGAUUACCACAUUACAUGGAACUCUGGCAGGGUUUGUGUGUGGACAGAAUCCUCACUAACCGACUGCUUAAAAUUUUAUUGCCAAAAGAAAUAACCCAUCAACAGAAAAUUCCCAACUAGAUAAAAAUGUACAGAAUCCAAUAACUCCUCAAACAAUCUUAUAAACAGAUCUAUAAUUUUCUGAUUUUCAAGUAGUUUGUAUAUUUAUAACUUGGUCCAAAGCACUUCUGCUUGUAGCUGAAAUUUCUAGUACGUUUUAACAGUAUUUCAUUGCCAGGUUUCUAGGCAAUGUUUGUCAAAUUUGUCAAACAUUUCAUUGGAAGACUCUGCUCUCCCUCUGCCUAUGCUGAGCAUUUCCACAAUUCCCCUUGCAUGUUAGUUUCCUUUUUGUUUAAAGAUUGUAUUUUCUGUGUAUAUGUGUCUUGUUUUAAACAAGUACUGUAUGAAUUCUUUAAAAUUUGAAAAAUGCAAACUUAUAGAAAGACUAAAAAAAAAAAUCCUGUUUUCCCAAAUACAGUUAUUAUUUACUUUUU